AUGGAUAGGAACGUUUAUGAGGCGUGCAAUAAUUUGAUUAAGGAAUUUCAAACUCACAAAAUUAGCGCAGAUGAAAUACUCUCGCAGAAAGUUAACCAUUUAGUACCCAUACCAUUCAAGUCAAGGGAAGAUCUUGAUAAUGCAGCUUCACAAGACAGGAAAGAAGGUCUGUUCAAAGGUGACAUAAUACCGCGUAUUGAUUUGAAAGUUCUGCAUUAUUUUGUAAGUCAACUAUGUCUUUUAAAAUAUCCUCAAUUGGUAAAUUCAUUCGAUGAAACGAGUUUAAUCACAUUGGGCUUACUUGUCGAGAAAUUUUUGGAGGACUUUUUGAUUAGUAACAAACCAAGUAUACGAAAAAGACGAAGAGACGAAGAUAGUGAGGACGAUUCCUACUCUUCUUCAUCAGAAUCCAGUGACGAUAGCGAAGAAGAAGGAGAAGAAGAGGAAGACAUCGGCCAUGAUGAACAAGCUAAAGAAAACAGAAUCCGCACGCUAGAAUUGGACGCUGGUUCUGAUGAAGAUAAUGAGGACGGUUCAAGAAGCGUUAGUGGUGGACCUUCUGAAAUGCUCUCCAAAUUGAUAAAUUAUAGAGAUGCUCCUACUGAUAUCUGA